AUAGUGAUAGCUGAUAAAUAAUUAAAGUGCGAUUAUACACACGACAUGUAUCGAAUAAGGACUCGUGCGUAUCGGUAAGUGACGCUUAAAUAAAAUAAACAUGCGUCUUCGUAUCGUAUUUUUAGUAGUGAACUGACUGGGUCUUCGUUUUUAGCGGGAAGUUAAUUCUCUUAAAGUUCUGAUAUUAAAUUAGGGAUCGUAAAACGGCCAAAAGAAGGUUAGGAGAAAACCUCGUUGACCGAAGAAAGAGAUGUAAAUGUAACAUGCUCUUUGAAGCAGAAAUAAAAUAAUAGUUAGGUUUAGCAGCCUACUAAUUAGUCACGCUGGCAUUUAAAGCCCACUUAACGAAAUGGCCGAUAUUUAAGCGCUUUUAAUAAAUACUUAAUGCGUUUUGUGUAUGACUUGCGCCUGUAACAAUAAUAAUCAAUGGUCUUAAAUGGUCUGUAGCCAUGCUUGUUAUGAAAGAUUUGUGUACUCCCGUUUCAGGCCUAAACUUUAAAUUCGCAGAUUAUUUAUUUGCUCUGAUAACUCCUCAGAACGAACCCGCUUGUUUUACGCUCCAGCGGCAGCGCGCGAGAGGAGCGCGCGGCAGCGGGGCGCCGCACGAGGGCAGCGUCGGGCGAGUUUUCCUCAAUCCGGCGUCACCCGCAGCGCCGCUCCAUCCUCUCACAUCUGCUCGUCUCGUUGAUAACGCGCGAGUCAAUAAAUAUCGCAAUAACACGCGCGCCCGGUGGGUCCCGGGCGUCCUCGCUCACGCGAAACACGUAAUCUCCAACGCCGACCUCGGAUGCGAUGUCACCGACGGCGUUUCGCGGUUAUACAUUUCAACAGACAGCCUGUGCCAAGUAACGUAAACCUUCGCGUUCUUGCAAGCGACGCGAACACGCACGCGCGCGAUUUUGCGACCGUUAUCGGGAUUUAUCGACAGUUGCUUUGAAAGUGUCGCGCAAACGCUGGUCGAACUUGCUGACUUGUAUUUUAAACCCGCGCGGUCUGAAAUAAAACACUUUCGCGGAACACCUCGCCUCCGCUUUAAACGCGCGACGGAACUCGUUUGGAGCGCGUGCGUUGCUUCGAAUUCGAACGGCGAGAAACUUUUUUGGGUUUGUUUUCAUAAAAACGCGACGUUUCGUGCUCGAGCCGUCUUGUGGUCCACGGAACAAACGGCUCCUCGUCAGUUCAGUCGGUCAAUACGCGGAACGCCGCUCUCCCUUUCUUCGUCCCGUCAGCUGACAACACACAAACAACGAUCAUUAUGCUAAUUCUCCGGCUCUGACUGGUCGCCGGCCUCCUCUGACGUCACGCGAGCGUAGACUAUAACAGCGCAGAGGGCUCUGGCGUCCUGCUACAGUCUGAAUACUCAGGAGUGAGAGCGAGCUGAACUCUCUGCGGUGCAGAGCUGGACAAACACAGCGCCCAUCCGCCUCAACGCUGCUUCGCUGGCUUAAGGACAUAUUUUGGAGUAUCCGGGAUCGGGACGGGAGCCCUUGUCCGGUACUCAUUUUCGUCCUUUAUUUAUGUUUUGAGUUCAAGCGCGGCGACGGGACAGAGAGCCGACUUUCUUCGGUGCUGUCCAAAGACUGCAGCUGUCGAGCUCUGCGCGUCCAUAUGAGGCAAAUGUCUUUCGCAGUGCAUUAGCUGCCUGCAGAAAGUUUUUUUUAUUAUUAUUAUUGUUAUUUAUUUAUUUCGCUUUCUCCAGUUUGAGAACAUUUCGAGCGACCCCGUUGCAUGCCCCAGCGCUCGAGCGCGUCGCGUUCGGAGACCCAUCCAGAAAACUGCAUGCGCAAAGAGGGGGAAGAAACGCAAAAGUCGGGUUUCGCGACGCUGGUUAACUCUUUGCUGAAGAACGGGGACACAGGGAUGAGCGCUGAUCUCGCCAUGGGGCCCGAGCUGCCCACCAGCCCGCUCGCGUUGGAAUACGUCAAUGACUUUGAUUUGAUGAAAUUCGAAGUGAAGAAAGAGGCCAUGGCGGGGCUCGACCGCUCCAACAUACGGCAGUGCAAUCGCCUCCAGCCGCAGGGCUCCGUGUCCUCCACUCCGAUCAGCACCCCGUGCAGCUCGGUGCCGUCCUCCCCGAGCUUCAGCCCCACGGAGCAGAAGAACCAUCUGGAGGACAUGUACUGGCUGCCCAGCGGCGCGUAUCCGCAGCAGAUCGAUCCGCAGACGCUAAGCCUGACGCCCGAAGACGCGGUGGAGGCUCUGAUCGGUGCCACGGCGCACGGCCAUCCUCCGCCCCCUCAUGUGCAGCAGCAGUUGCAAGCGGGAGGCUUUGAUGGAUACCGGGGAGCGCACCAUCACCACCACGGCCACGCGCAACAGCAGCAGCAGCAGCAGCACCACCACCAACAACAACAACACCAACAGCAGCACCAACACCAACAAUACGGCGCGAUCCCCCAUCACCCCGAUGACAUGCCGGGCCACCACCAUCACCACCACCACCACCACCACAGCCAGGACCCCGACAGCCCCUCUCCUACCUCGCCCGGGUCCCACCAGCAGCUCCACCACCGUCACCACCACCACCACCACCACCCCGGCCAGCAGGGUCACCACGGCGCGGGGGGCGGCCUGAACGUGGAGGACCGCUUCUCCGACGAGCAGCUGGUCUCCAUGUCCGUGCGCGAGCUCAACCGACACCUGCGGGGCUUCACCAAGGACGAGGUGAUCCGCCUGAAGCAGAAGCGCCGGACCCUGAAGAACCGGGGCUACGCGCAGUCGUGCCGCUUCAAGCGCGUGCAGCAGAAGCACGUGCUGGAGAACGAGAAGACGCAGCUCAUCAACCAGGUGGAGCAGCUCAAGCAAGAGAUCAACCGGCUGGCCCGAGAGAGAGACGCCUACAAACUCAAGUGCGAGAAACUGAGCGGAGCGAACGGGUUCCGCGAGGCAGGAUCCACCAGCGACAACCCGUCCUCUCCAGAGUUCUUCAUGUGAGUGUGUGCGCGCGCGCGCGCGCUCCACACGCCCGAGACACUCCGCGCUCGCACGCGCAACGGCAGUAACUCGUAUUAGAAGAAUAAUCCACAAGAAAUAAUAAUCCCGUAUGUAAUCACCGCCACAGAUCUCGGCAACUAAAACGCGAAGAACAUGUUAGAAUGUUGUUGUUUUUUUUUUCUUUCUCUCCUUUCUUUUUUUCUGGGAAACGUAGAUUAGUUGCUUGUCAGUAGGACUUUUACCCCUUUCGUAGAGACCUCACGUCGAGAAAGAGAAAGCGGAGAACCGGCUUUUGUGUUUAGGAUAACUUCAGAUUUAAAAAAAAAAAAAAAAAACUGCUCUCUCUCCAUCGUCCGGUUUGUUCCCGGUCGUUCGGGAGGGGGGGGGAAAGCGAAGCAAAGAAAAAAAACGUUUGUGCUGAGCAGGGGACAGAAAACUUUGGACUUUUUUUUUUUCUUUUUCCCACUUGGCCAGAAAAGUUGAGAGCGCCACAAUAUGCAAAACCUCCCUGACUUCUCCCGCGUCGCGCGCCCGAGUGAGGGGGAACUUUAUGCAACAUCUCAUCGGUUUAUUGCCUGCUUGGUUAUAUAUAUAUAGAUAUAUAUUAAAAAGAAAAUGAAAAAAAACGACAAAAACAAACACGUAAAUCUGCAUUAAGAUAUUAAUCCUGCAUGCUGGACAUGUAUGGUAAUAAUUUCUAUUUUAUACACUCUCUUUCCUUCUUUCUUUCUCUCUUUCUUUCUUUCUUUCUGUUCGUUACGUAUCAUAAAGAGCAUGUUUUUAUCUUUAGCUCUUUUUUUGGGGGAUAUGAGACUGGCUCUCCGGUCGCUCAUCGUAUGGACUUGUAAAUAUACGCGACAGCAAACCCACAAAUCGACAUCGAAGAGCUGAUUGUUCUCCAGACUUUUCCGAUUGGCUUCAUGUUUUUUUUUUUUUUUUUUUUCGGGAACGGAUUUCCAGUAACGGGGCAUUUUUGCGGUUGCAUUUAAAGCAAGCAAACUUUGUAAAAGAAGCGCACUUUUUUUCGGAGGGGGACGUUUUUUUUUGUUUUUUUUGGUAUUGGCAGAUUUCGACUUUUUGAUUGUUUCUUUUGUUUUUUUUUUUUUUUUUAGCGGAAACCGCCUUUGAGGGAGACGUUGCGCACGCGCGCGUUUGGUCCUAGGUGGGUUUAAAGCACGCCUUUCAGUUGAACUGGUGCUCAUAGUCUCACGUCUAGUUGUAGCAGGACACGAGAGAGAGUGUGUGUGUGUGUGUGUGUGUGUGUGUGCGCGCGUGAGUGUGCGUGCGCGCGCGCGCGCGUGUGUUUUCCGUCUUCACGCAGGCUGUUGCAUAACCUAUUGCUAUUCUAUAACAUAAGCAAUACUUAUAGGUCGUAUCUUUUUUUUCUUUUUUUUUCGGAUGGGUAGGAUUUCAACGGACGGGCACACUUUCAUCGACAUUUUUUUUUCGAGCUAUACGAGCUGCCAGUUUUAUAAACCAACAUUUCAAACUGUAGUUAUUAUAAUCCAGCUCGAGGGUGUGAGGCUUCCUAAAUCAGGGGUUUGUGUAUUAUCGCCUAACAUGAAAACUACGCAUGUAUUUCAAUGGAGAGUUUCAACGAUCAAUGUUUAAAUGUUUUCCUUUAUUUUUUUUUCUGCCGGUCAGUAAAAAAUAAGGGAUUCAGGUUCUGCAAAUCUCAAAAUGAAAAAAAAUUAUAUGUCUCAUGUUAUUGUUCUGUUUUUUUUUUCUGUUUUUUUUUUUUAUUAUUAUGUCGAGAUUCUGGUUCUGCUGGCCAGAUGCAUAGUUUUUAUUUUAAUGAUUAAAUUAACAAACUUGUCAGAUCAUAUUGAAUAAGCAUGGUGCUUGCAUCUAAGAAAUAUUGUUAAAAAGUCAUGCAUUUAACGAUCUUUUUGGUUUAUUACUGAUUCAACUGUGUUGAAAUCAAAUGUAAACUGCAGCAGCGGGUUGUUGUUUUGUUUGUUGAUUUCAUGUAUUAUGAGGGGAUCAAUUUUCAAAUCUGUUUAUAUAAAUGGAAAAAAAAAGAGAAAUAGAGUUCAAUUCGGACUGUUCCAUUCAGGCUGGUUUCUGUUUCGUUUUUGCUGUUUUUGGAAGAAAUGGUUUCCUAUUUUGCUUAUUAAAGUCAGUGAAAUGGCA